GUGAGGGCUUUCCUCUCUGGCCCUGGACCGAAAAUCCAGCAACGUCUCCUGGAACGUAGACAGAAGGUGACCAACUGGGCGACAGAAUGGUGGCUAAACGACAUGUACUUUUCCAUCCCGCUGGCUCUGCCUAUCAACAGCAACCCCGGCUUGGCCGCGAAACCGAAGAGAUUCGCAAAUCAGCAAGAAGCCGCGGUAUUCCUCGCACGAUUUCUCACCGAACUUCUUAACUAUCAGGAAUUAUUGGACAGAUCCGGCCUGGAAGUGGAACGUGUGAAAUCCAAGGACGGCAAAACUAUGCAACCACUCUGCAUGGCGCAGCAUUAUCAAAUGUUUCGGAUUUAUCGGCGACCCGGUGUGAAUGCCGACGAGCAAAUUAUCCUGGAUAGAGCGUCCUCCGGUGAUCACAUUAUCGUCGCUCACCACAAUCAGUUUUAUAGCGUGCCGGUAAGAGCGUCGGAUCGAGGCCGGAUCACAGAGACCGAAUUGAUCCAGCAAUUAUUGAGGAUCAUGGAGACCAAAGCUGACCCAAGGACUCCGCCGGUUGGAAUUCUCACGACCGCGAAACGACCAGUCUGGGCGAAGGCACGAGACGAGCUCGUUAAAAAUGAACGUAAUCGUCAUAAUCUGGAGUUACUGGAGCGUUGCCUGUGCGUCGUUUGCAUCGACGACGACGUGUUGCCGACUACGUUUAACAAUCCCAUGAAGAAGGAGGACCGAUGGAUCGGCGAUCGAGAUUACGCGAACGUGCUUCAUCACGCUCUUCACGGCGGAGGGUCCCGGCACUUGGGCGCGAAUCGUUGGUUCGAUAAGACUUUUCACGCUAUUCUUGGCAAGGAUGGAAUGUGGGGAUUGACGUACGAGCAUUCCGCUGGCGAAGCGCCGGCUAUCUUCAAAGCUUUCGAAGAGAUCACGGAGAAGGUGGACUCCAUGACGCCGCCGGACGAAAAUCUGGUACCUUCGCAUCUUCCGGCGCCCGAAAAACUGGAGUGGUGCCUCACCGAGCAAAGUCUGAACGAUAUCAGAGAAGCCAUGAUAAACUUCGAUGCACUGGUCGAAGAUUUGGACCUCUGCAUUUUGCGGUUUGAAGAUUACUCAAAAGACUUUGUGAAAGCUUGUAGAAUUAGCCCGGACGCGUACAUACAAUUGGCGCUCCAGCUUACAUAUUUCAGACUCCACGGGAAAUUAGUGGCCACUUACGAGAGCGCCGGCAUCCGAAGGUUCGCGUUGGGCCGCGUGGACUGCAUCCGGGCCGCCAGUCCGGAAGCGCUGGGAUGGGCGAAGGCCAUGUGCCAGGGCGAUCCUUACGGCCAGACGAAUCAGCCGAACAACGCCGUAGACGGGAGUCCCAAAAGAGCGGAGAGGAUCAAGGAGCUGUUCGACCUGGCGGUGCAGAGACAAACCAAAGAGAUGAACGACAACAUACACGGUCAAGGUAUCGACAACCACCUAAUGGGGCUGCGCUACGCGGCGAAGGAGGCCGGCGAGCCGAUCCCGGAGAUCUUCACGGACGAGGCUUACGCGAUCGUUAAUCAUUUCGCCCUCUCGACGUCCCAGGUUAGUGAUCAGGGUCCUUCCAUCGAUCCGAGCCACGAAAUCUGUCACUGUCGAUCUCACAAGACUCGUGACAUCGUUGCUUUCGUCGCGCUCAGCCUUGAAUGCAUUGUACAAUCCGCGAAUUCUUUAUUAUAAUUAAUCAUAUUUGCACCCGAA